AUGGGUUGCGCGACUUCGAAGCAAAAGCGAUGCAAGCAUUGCCAGACACCGUAUUCACCGGUGCCUCGAAGCUAUUCAAUGCAUGUUGUUCAUCCACCACAACAAAAAGGCGAUAGCUACCAUGUGGUGGCGCUCACCUCCACCACAUUAGGCACACUGGCGCUUGAUUCUGCGAAUCAGAGUCAAAAUGGGGCUAUUGAUGUUGCUGUAAAAGGCGAUGACCAAAAGAAGAAUGUUGGUGAUUUACAUGGAUCAAAUGGAUUUGUAAAGGAUAGUAAAGAAUUGAAUGGCAAGGAGGAGUUUUCAAUGGGACUGAUUGAAGCCAAGACUUGGUCUAAUAUGAUCCAAGAAAAAAUUCCAAAGGUUAUUCCAAAGACUCCGAUCAUGACACCACCUGGAGAGCCAGAAACUAUCAAUACUUGGGAAAUGAUGGCAGGGCUUGAAGAUAUGAUGACUCCUCCCCAUAUGUCUCAUCGGUUUCGCAGUUUUUCUUUUGAUGUUUCUCGUGAUCCAACCUCAGUACCUGGUAGUCCCACUAUGAAUUUGCAGCAGAAUGGCUUAUCGUCACCUGAUAAUAAUAAGCCUGGGUGGCUUCAAGUUGUAGAUGAGGAUGCUAAUUCCAGGUUUCCGGAAUUCGAUCCUGAAGUCAUCUCUACGUUUAGAAAAUCAUUGGAAGAGCUCUCUCCUACACAUCCAUUUUACAUUAAGCCAACAGAUAGUGAGAAACAGCCUCAUUUUGCCAGUGAUGAUUCGUCAUUGCUUGUGAAUGAUACUACGAGGGUAAAUUUUGUCGCAAAAGAUUGUAAGCGCAGUAAGGAUAAGUUGAUUGUUUAUUUUACGAGCUUGCGAGGGGUGCGCAAAACAUACGAGGCUUGUUGCCAUGUGAGGGUGAUAUUAAAAAGCUUAGGAGUUCGUGUUGAUGAACGAGAUGUAUCAAUGCAUUCAGGGUUCAAGGAGGAGUUGAGAGAGCUAAUGGGAGAACGGUUUAGCGGGGGAGGGCUGCCAAGAGUGUUUAUUGGGAGAAAAUACAUUGGCGGAGCAGAGGAAAUUCGGCGAAUGCACGAGGAAGGACAGCUAGAGAAAAUGGCUGAAGGGUGUGAAAUGUUGGAUGAUGGUGGUGGAGGUGGAGUUGGAGGGGCUUGUGAGGCUUGUGGGGAUAUCAGGUUUGUGCCUUGUGAGACAUGUUCAGGGAGUUGUAAGAUAUAUUAUGAGUGUGAUGAUGAAGAACAAGAAGAGUUAGAAGAAGGAGAAGAGAGUGGUGAAUAUGGGUUUCAACGUUGCCCUGAUUGCAAUGAGAAUGGACUCAUACGCUGCCCUAUUUGCUGCGACUAG